AAGCCUUAACAUUUUUAUACUACAUUUACAUAUCUAGUACAACAUAGCAAUACAAAAGCAUCACCGUAUACGUGUUACUAAUUAAAGUACGAUGAUAAAAUAGACAUGUAGGCUACUCUUAUUUAUCAAAGCGCGUUCAUGUACUGUAGCCCACGCUAGAUCCGCGUUCACUUGUCGUCCAUCAAACUGUAACAACUUGAGUGAAGACCAGUCGGUGUAAGAUCCAUUUAAACACGUUUUUUGUUUUGUUGUACCGUGACAACUGAAAGAUGUGGAAGUCAGUCGUGGGCCACAAUGUGAGCAUGAAGGUGGCUGCAGAGGGGGACGACUGGGAGACAGACCCUGACUUUGAGAAUGAUGUAUCAGAGCAGGAGCAGAGGUGGGGAGCAAAGACCAUCGAGGGUUCAGGACGAAAGGAGCACAUCAGUGUUGCAGAGCUCAGAAAAAAUGUCGCUGUGGAGCACGAGCAGGGGAAGCAGAAGGAUCAGACUCCCAAAGCGUCCUAUGGAUAUGGAGGAAAGUUUGGAGUUGAAAAAGACAGAAUGGACAAGGUGGCUUUGGGGCACGACUAUGUGGCACAAGUCGAGCAGCACUCCUCCCAGAAAGAUGCGGCGCAAGGGUUCGGCGGAAAGUUUGGUGUUCAGAAAGACCGCGUCGACAAGACUGCCAUGGGCUUUGAAUACAAAGGAGAAGUGUCCCAACAUGCAUCGCAGAAAGAUUACUCAAAGGGAUUUGGAGGAAAAUAUGGGGUGGAGAAGGAAAAAGUGGACAAGGCAGCUUUGGGGUACGACUAUAAAGGCCAGACAGAGAAGCACCAGUCACAAAAAGACUAUGCUAAGGGAUUUGGAGGAAAGUACGGGGUGGAGAAAGAGAAGGUGGAUAAAGCUGCUUUGGGGUACGACUAUAAAGGAGAAACAGAGAAACACCAGUCACAGAAAGGUACGUUAAAGUUGGAAGAUAGCAAAAGAGAGGAGGAAAUAUUUCCACCACCUGCUUCCGACGUGGCUCAAGAUGAGACUCCAGAUGUGGAGUAUGACAUGACACACCACAUGUCGGAGAUACAAGAAAUACCUGAACCAGAACCAGAGUCAGAGGAGGGACCUUUAUACGAGGUGCCCCCGGAUUUGCCUCCACGUUCAGACAAUUUCCUCGAAUUGGAUGUUCCUCCGCUACCCGACAGGUCAGCAGAUGUGGAGGAGGAUGAAGGGGAAUACGAGGAUCUUGAUGCGCCUCCUCCUGUGCUGACAGGCGCCGAUAACGACUACGAAGACCUGUCGAGCGGCCAGAGGGCAGUAGCAAUUUAUGACUAUGAAGGAGAGGCUGACGACGAGAUCUCCUUCAACCCAGAUGAUGUCAUCACCAACAUAGAGAUGAUUGACGAGGGCUGGUGGAAGGGACACUGUCACGGACGCGUUGGUCUUUUCCCGGCAUCUUAUGUUCAGCUGAUGCAGUAAGCAACAUGCUUAGGGAGGUUUUGCACAAGCUUCAGUU